AUGGGAGCCGUGCUAGGCUAUAGACUCACGCUGAAGAUUACUACCUUGCUGAAGUGUCCCAUAGAAAAGGCAACAUUUUGGACCGACUCACUAGAUGUGGUUCAUUGGGUACGGAAUCAGUCGAGGCGAUUUAAGCCGUUUGUGGCCAAUCGUAUUGCUGAGUUGCAAACUGAAUCUAAUCCUCACCAAUGGCGUUUUGUUCCAGGCAAAGAGAAUCCUGCAGAUGUAGCCACGAGAGGGAUGUCGGUGGAGGAUCUGACCAGUCCGAAUGUAUGGUUCCAGGGCCCGGAAUUCUUACAUAAGGAAGAGAGCCAGUGGCCGACGUGUAAGACUCUGAUCAACCCUACAGACCAAGCUGUAAUCGAGUCUUCCAAGUCGUGUGUGCAGACAAAUGCCAUGGUUGCAGUUUCAACACCAGAACUUCUCGAAAGAAUGAACUACACCAAGUACUCCACAUGGAAUCGAUUGGUACGUGUGAUGGCUUGGAUGAUUAGGUUUGUCCACAUUGUUAGAGGAGGACCUCAGCAGAGGGUGAAUCGACAGGAACCUGACAAGAAUGGGUGCAAUUCCAGCGAGUUAGAUGGGUCUGAUCGACAGUAUGAUGGUCACACUUCAAAAUGUAAGAAUUCCGGUGAUAGACAAGCUGAUACUGACGAAAUUCCGAAUGAUGCCUUAUCACGUGACGAGUACCAAGAAUCUGAGCUCGCCAUUGUGAGAAUGGUACAGCGGGCCUGCCUGUUUGAAGACUACAACGCGUUGCUGGUAGGUAAUAGUGCGAGGGUGAUGAAGAAAAGCGUAUUAAGAAGUCUUAACCCAUUCCUAGAUGCUGAUGGUGUGAUGAGAGUGGGAGGUCGUUUGCAGCAUGCCGACCUACCAUACGAUGUUAGACAUCCAAUCAUUCUUCCUAGUUCACAUCACAUUUCAGUACUGAUUGUGAGAAGAGCCCACCUGUAUGCCGGGCAUUCACGUGGAGUGAAUGCUACCCUGGCUGAUAUAAGGCUGCGAUUUUGGAUCUUGAUUGGGCGAGAAGCCGUCAAAAAGGUGGCUUAUUGCUGUUACCAGUGUAGAAAGAUGAAGGAACAACCAGCAACCCAGAUGAUGGCUCCGCUACCAGCCUCCAGAGUUAUGAUGUCUCUCAGGGCCUUCUCCUACUGCGGUGUUGAUUUUGCUGGCCCCUUUGUUACUAAGAUCACUAGAUUCAAAUCUGCUAAGAGGUACAUGUGUUUGUUUACUUGUUUGCAGACUAGAGGCGUUCACUUGGAGAUGGCCUACUCGUUGGAGACGGAUGGAUUCUUGAUGGCCUUUUCAAGAAUGGUGGCACGCAGAGGAAAACCGAUAGAAGUCGUCAGUGAUAACGGAGGGUGCUUGGUAAAAGGAGAGAGUACCCUGAGAGAAUUCGUGGAGGGCAUGGAUCGGACGAAGAUAGUCGACUCUGUGAGUAAUCAGGGCAUCCGUUGGAAGUUCAACCCUCCGUAUGGCUCCCACCAUGGUGGGGUGUUUGAGUCGCUCAUUAAGUCUGCCAAGAAAGCCUUGUAUUCGAUUUUUGGAGAAGCCCGCCUGACUGACGAAGAGUUGCUGACAGGGAUUGUCGAAGUAGAAGGUAUGCUGAACUCCAGGCCGUUGACGUAUGUUAGCUCCGACCCUAAAGAUUUAGAAGUGUUGACGCCUAAUCAUUUCCUGGUAGGACAGUGCGGUGGACAGUUGGCUCCCCAGAUCGUGGAUGAGACUGACUACAACCCACGACAUCGAUGGCGCCUAGUCCAAGACAUGUUGUACAGGUUCUGGGUUAGAUGGCAGAAGGAGUAUUUGACUCUCCAACAGCAGAGAGGAAAAUGGAGAGAAGUCCAUUCUGAUUUGGCAGUCGAUGAUGUCGUUGUCCUGCAGGAGCAAGGUUGCCCCCGUUGGAGCUGGCCGAUUGGAAAAGUCACUGAAGUAGAGAGAGGUUCUGAUGGUCAUAUAAGAACAGCGACAGUCUUGUCCAGAGGAAAAACGUAUCGACGUCCUAUCACGCGCCUUGUUCCGUUGAUUGCUGCCGAUGGUGAGACGACUACCGAAAAAGCAGACGACAAGAAGUAG